AUUUUUUUUCCUGUCUCUCACUCUCACACGUGUGAAUGAGGUGUGAUUUGUUAAAAGAAUAGAAUAAAUAGUAGUAAUAUAAUGACAGCAACUGGUUAAAUGAAGAAUGCCAGGAUCAUUGCCUCAGUCUGGGUACCUAACUACUUCAAAGUCCUCUAUUUCUCUCCCUCUCCCUCUCCCUCUCCCUCUCUCUCUAUUUUUUUUCAUUGAACCAAUGGUUUCAUUACUGAAGAAUCGUGUAGGUAUCUGCUAAAACACUUCAAUGCUUGAAGUUUCAAACUUGAAAAGUAAAGCUCUUUUUAACUUCUGCAAAAUCUGCCUUCUCUCCAUCUUUUCCCUUCAUUAUCUAUCUGUCCUGUCAAACUUUCCUCUCAUGUUACUCCUCAUCUUCAUCGCAUAAAUAUUCUCUCUUUUUUCUCUUGCAACUUUGCAAUACUUUGUAAGAGUGUGUCGGAUAUUCCUAUAUACCCUUGUCCAUCUUUUGGUAGAAAAUGAAGGCUUGGCCUGCAAGUGCUGUGUACUCUUCACAAGAGAACACUUCUUCCUAUUCUUCUUCCUCUCCUCCAAUGGGAAUGGUCUAUGCUGACAUGGAUUCUCUUUCUCUUUGUUCCAACUAUGGUGUGGUUUCGUCUCACCAAGACUGCUAUGUCUCCAAUGGGGGCACAAACUGGGGUCUGCCCUUUGUGAGGGAAUGCCUUGGGAGGAACUUCGAGGAACACCCCAACAGUGAUGGAGUGGAAGAGGGUAAAGGGUCUGAUAGCAGUGAUGAUGCGGGUGGGGAAGACAGUGAGAAAGUUAACCAUAAUGCUAAUAACUUUAGCGAGGAGAACCCUAAUGAGAAUUCUCUCACUGGUUCCGGCCACUCCAAGCUCUGUGCAAGAGGGCAUUGGAGACCUGCAGAAGAUUCCAAGCUCAAGGAACUUGUGGCUCUUUAUGGCCCUCAGAACUGGAACCUCAUAGCUGAGAAGUUAGAAGGAAGAUCAGGCAAGAGUUGUAGACUGAGGUGGUUCAACCAGUUGGACCCAAGGAUCAAUAGGAGAGCAUUCAGUGAAGAGGAGGAAGAGAGGCUAAUGCAGGCACAUAGGAUUUAUGGCAACAAAUGGGCCAUGAUUGCAAGGCUUUUCCCUGGGAGAACAGAUAAUGCAGUGAAGAAUCACUGGCAUGUUAUUAUGGCCAGAAAGUACAGAGAACAGUCUAGUGCCUACAGGAGGAGGAGGCUGAGCCAAUCUGUUUACAGAAGAGUGGAGGAGAACACAGAAAGCAGCAUUGUCUCUAGAGACAUAGCCACUGCAGGGACAGAACCACCACCACCACCCUAUUGUCUCAAUCUCCCCAAUGUAGCACUUGCCAACAGUAACAUGACUAGUUUUCCAUAUGCUGCUGCACCCUUCCAUGGAGUCGUGGCUCCUAAUGGUGGGGUUGAGUUUGGCUUAAAUGCUGCCAAAGAAGCAAUCUCAACCACCAAGCUGGCCCCUCCUCAUAUUGCCUUGUAUCCUCAACAAACACCACUUGAUUUCAUUUCAGGUGUUAGAAGCAAUGACUACUUUGGGCAGAACAGAUGCUGGGAGAGGCCUAGUGAUGCAGCACCCCAUCAGCAACCAUCUGGUUUCUACCCUCACUACCCCCAAUAUGUGAUGCUAAUGCAGCAGCAGCAAAACUGCAAUCACAACAACUUUUACGGUUUAUCAAAUUCCACGGCACAAAUAUUGGGCAGUGAAGCCUCACUAUCAGCAGUGGCAGAACACAGAGAUGGAGCCGUGAGUAGUGACCCCCCAGAUGCAAUUCCACCUCCAUUUAUUGACUUCCUUGGAGUAGGAGCCACAUGAUCAAAGUUAGAACCGAACAAAAAGCUGCAACCUUCCCCGGAAGCUCCUCAAUAUAGGUGUGGUCCAACAUUACUGAGAAUCCAUUCGAGGUAAACAGAAAGGAUAGUUGCUUCAGUUUGGUGACUGUGUUCCUUGCGUCACUUCUGUGGAGAAUCACACUUCACACCUAUCUCUGUUGUGAUUUCCUUUCUUUUAUCACAUGGGGACCCCUCUAAUAAAAAUAAUAAUAUAAUCAA